AUGGAUUUUAAUAAUUACAAUGAUGUAGUAUAUAGCCUGUAUAAAUUGAGUAAUUCAGGAGUAGACCAACAAGAUGUAAGAUAUCACCGAUUAUUGUGCUCUUUAAACAGACUGAGAGCAAUUAGAGGAGAUAACCAAGGAGAAUGGAACAAUUUGUCAGGGAAAGGACAGAAUCCAUUCACGCCUUCACAAUAUAAAACAUUACUGAGCCAAAUUGAAGCAUACACUAAAUAUAUAACAAAAUGUAAGAAGAUACCUAAAGCGCUUUUGUCAAGAUGUAACCCCAAGUGCACAUCUGAUUAUAAAUAUCCAAGUAACGACCGGAGCGCAGACAAGGUAGCAGUGGAUGAUAACGAAAACCUGACGAAAAACAAUGAAAGCGCCCGAAUCGCCGACGUGGGUAAUGUUUUCCACAGAAAAAAUCAAUUUUGGGGGCCAGGUCAUUUCUGGAUAGACUACAAAGAUAACCUGGAGCAAAACAAACUCUCGUUCUUCCUAGGAGCAAUCACAAAUGUUAAAACGAUGACACAACAUAUAAUACAAUAUAGCAAUAGCAAUAAUAAACAAAUCAUCCAUAAAUUCGAGCAGUUGUUUAAGGAUAUAGGACUUAAGAACCUUUUGACAACGUUUAAAGUGAGUGCCCAUAAUAAUAGCGAUAAUGCAAGUGAAACAAACAAAAAUAACUCGACAGAUUUAACUAACAAUCACACAAGGAAUGUAAAAAAUGAUAUCCAAACGAGUAACGAAACAACAUGUAGCGAAAGUGGCACAAACAACACAGAGAAUGAAGAAUACACAUAUGAUUUUAACAAAUUGCUGAUAGAAAUAUUGAAGCUGGAGAAGAAAAUAAACCUGCUCCUGCUGCAAAAGAACGUUAGAUCGAUACUGAGCCUGACUAAGCUAAUAAACCCAUUGUACAAGCGCCAAAAUGCCCAAAUUCGAGGCUCGUUUAGUGAGGGAAAUUCAGGGUCAUCGACACACAUCACAAAGACGGAAUCGCUAACUAGUACAGGUAACACGGUAAACAGAAAGUACUUCUUGGAUCAUGUUAAAACUAGUAACCAGUUCUAUAAAGACAACUUCAAGAUGAAAAGAAAACUAAUAAUACUGUCAAAUAAAUAUGUAAACAAAUAUACAGAGUCGGAGCAGGAGCCGAAUGAGUCUAGCGCGCCUGAGGAUAAUAAUGUUGGAGUUGGAGAGAGAAAAGAAGUUUUGGAGGAAGAAACCAAUAAGCAAGAACAACAGUUACCGGAAGUAGAAACAGUGGAAUAUAUAAUAAAGGAAAACAUAUUUAAUAAUAUCCCAAACGCAUUAAUUGGAAAGUUGAGAAACUAUCAACUAUACGGCCUAGACUGGCUGGUAUCUCUGUACAAUAAUAAACUAAACGGGAUCCUGGCGGACGAAAUGGGACUAGGAAAAACAAUACAAACGAUAGCAUUGCUGAUAUACCUUAAAGAAAAUAAGGGAAUAAGUGGUAAUCACAUAAUAAUUGCGCCAUUGUCAACGUUGCAUAGUAACUGGAAAUCAGAGUUCGAGUUGUGGUAUCCAUCAUUUAAAUUAUGCGUUUAUGAAGGGUCAAAAGAGCUUCGAAAAAAUUUGAGAACGAAGUGGUACACCGGGAAUAAACUAAAUUUUGACGUGCUGCUGACUAGCGAAACGUUCGUGCUGAGAGACAAGAACUUUCUGAAGAAAAUAUGCUGGGAAUACCUGAUCAUAGACGAGGUCCACAAAUUCAAGAGCGAAAAUUCAAAAUUGUUUAAAAUAUUAAAUAACCUAUUCAUAUCAAAACGCAGAUUGUUAUUGACAGGUACUUCAAAGAUGAAGAAUGAUGUACUGGAUGAACUGCCAAGCAGUUAUGAAUACAUAAUAAGCUGUCCAAUGAGUGGAAUACAGACAAGGCUAUAUGAGUUCUUCCACAUGAAAGAUACGCAAAACAAGUUCUUACAGCUAAGGAAGAUCUGUAAUCACCCGUUUCUGUACGUUAACAACAACUUUAUACCCUGUAAUGAUUUGAUCAUUAACAGUAGCGGAAAGAUGUGUAUACUGGACAUGAUACUGUCUCGCCUGUAUUACGUAAACCACCGAGUGCUGAUUUUCAGCCAAAUGACGUCACUUUUAGAUAUUUUGGAAGUAUAUUUGAAUUACAGAAGUUAUAAGUAUUUGAGAUUGGAUGGAAACUUGAGCAGUGAAAAGAGACUUGAGAGAAUAAAUCUAUUUAAUGAACCAGACAGCCAGUAUUUUGUGUUCAUUUUAUCAACAAAAGCUGGUUCACUAGGUAUCAAUUUGCAGAGUGCAGACACGGUGAUCAUAUACGACUCGGACUGGAAUCCACAAAAUGAUUUGCAAGCGCAGUCGAGAGUACAUAGAAUAGGCCAGAAAAAUCAAGUUAUAACGCUGAGACUAAUCACGCCAAACACAAUUGAAGAUAACAUAUAUAGAUUUAAGUAUAACAUUAAUUCACUCAACAGUACAACCAAAGGAGAAACUGACGUUUCCCAAAAUGAACCCACAGAAUCAAUUAAUGAAUCUGAAAAAUCUAGUAAGCAUGUAGAAAAUGAAAAUCAUGAAGAAAAUAAGGAGAGAAGUGAUGAUGUGGAUCAUAACGAUCACAUAAUUGACACUGUCCCACUCUUAAAUAACGUAUUAAAGCGUAACGAAGGUGAUACCAAGGUGUUUGACUUGGUGAGUUAUAGAAAUUUCAUUCUGAACCCGCUCACCCUUAUAAAGCAGAGAGUGCUUCCACCAUUUCUGUACAAAUCACUAACAUCAAAUAAAAAAUUACAUAUAUCAGAAGAUGAAAAGAGAAAACUGUCAAUAGAAAAUGAAAUUUGGCUGAAUAUAUAUAACGACUAUAAUGUGUAUAGCGCAGAAGUGACGGUACAGUGCUCUAAGAACUACAUUAAUGCAAUUAAUAAUGAAGUGAAUAUAAACCAUAUAAUCACGAACCUGAACAUUAAUUAUCCAGUGGAGUGCCUGAAGAACAUAACGAAUGAAAGCACCUCAAAGGAUUAUACACAGGUUGGAAGGAAAAAAAGUAAAGAAGUGGAGACACUAGUAGAUAAGGAAGUGCUAAAGCUAGUAGUGAAUAAAAACGAGAAGAAAUUGAGUAUAUUAAAUACAGUAAUAUUUGAAAUAGUCGAAGGAGUAGUCGAAGGAAAAAAUUAUGUGGAAUUUAAUGAGUUGCCAAAUAAGCAAUAUUUGUCAGAUUAUUAUGAAAAAAUACAAAAUCCAAUAUGCCUAUUGGAUAUCAUGAAUAAAAGUAAAGAAAACAGAUACACAUCAGUGUUUCACUUGAAGGAGUCGUUGGAAUUGCUCUGUAACAACGCCAGAAGUUACAACGGAAUAGACUCAUACCUGUUCUACAAGUCCCUGAACCUGUACAACCAUGUCGUAACCCAUGUAACCUUCAGCUUUGUGGUAGAAUUUAUAAGCAUAUAUGACAUGAAUAAAGGAAAAAGAUUAAAAAGACUACUUGCGGAAUACAUUUAA